CACCAUUCGUCUUUGCUUUUCCUCCUCCCCUUCUCAACGCCCUAAACUUCCCUCUCCCUCCCCCCAUCGCCCCUCUGCAGCGGACCCGCUAUUCGGGCCGCUCAUGAGCCCCUUCUCGCUGUCGCCCGGCCCGGGCCUGCCAGCCAUGCCGCUGCUGGACCCCUUCAAACUCUUCCCCCCCGCUGCCGCCGCCACCAUUGCCCCCGCCGCUGUCACCCUCGCUGCUGCCGCCGCCGCCGCUGCCGCCGCCGCUACUGCUGCCGCCGCUGCCGUCGCAGGCGCAGGGGUCGGGGGGUCAGGCCCACUGGGUGCAUCUGCAGGGGGGUUUGGAGCAGAAGAAAUGUGUGUGGCGUCCCCUCUCUCCUUCCCCCUGCCCCCGCCCUUCCCCCUCCCUCCGCCCUUUCCCCCUCCGCCUGCCUUGCCCUCCGCGGCGUCCUUUGCCCUGCCUGACUCCCCCGGCACCCAGGCCGCCCUGGAGCAGUGCGCCUGCUCUCCCCUGCUGGGGGACGCGGGGGGUGGGGAAGAGGGGGGCGGAGGAGGAGGGGAAGGGGAGGGAGGUGGAGAGGAGGAGGGGUGGAUAGAAGGUGCAAGGGAGGAGGACACUGGGGAGAAGAGCAGCGGCAGUGGGGCGAUGGGAGAAGGAGCGAAGGCGAGCAACACGCAUGGUGCUACUGUCACAACACCUUUCAUCGACUUGUCGCCGGAUAAGACCUUCCCUGCGUACGCCUCGCCUCCAGAUAAAGCCUCCCCCUACUCCCUGCCACCGCAUGCCUCCUCCUUUCUGCCCGCCCAGGACUCCCCCUGCCAGGCCUCUAACUCCUCCACCCCCUCUGGGGCCCAUGCCCGCCAUGAGGGCAGGGCGGAGAGGGCGGAGAGGGGCGAGGGCAGGGGGAGGCGGGCUCUGUUCUCUGGGGGACAGAGGCAGCCGUCCCGGCUGGGGGAGAGGGGCAGACGCAGCUCAGAGCGGGGCGAGGGCAGCAAGGGGGCGAGUGAGGGUGAGAGUGGGGAGGAAAAGGGAGCACCUGCACCAGCAGCAGGGCCAGGGGGGGCAUCGGCACAUGGAGGCCCAAGCAGCAGCGCGCUGACAGCCAGCCACAGCAUGUCCCCUUGCGGGGGCAGCAGGGCGAGGGGUAUGUGUGCGGGGGUGAAGGGGCGAGCAUCACACCUCAAGGGGCUCACCAUCAAAGCCCCGCCCCGCCCCUCCCUGCGAGCCAACCAGUCCCUCUCCGCCUUCUCCCCCUACCGCUCCCCCUCCUCGCGUGGCCCCAACCUCUCCCCCCUGCCGCGCACCGCCUCCCCCUGCACCAUGUCCCCCCGCCUGCUCUCCCCUGGAAUGCUCUCGCCCCUCGGCCGCGUCCUCGCUCACUUCGGCAGCCCCCGGGGGGGCAUGGGGGCCGCCUUGUGGGGGGAGGGCGCAGGGUCAUGGGGGAGGGCGGGGGGGAAGGAGGGCAUGGGGAUGGAUGUGAAGGGGGAGUGGGGCAAGGAGAGCAGCAGUCUGUGA